AUGCCUAAGGCCCCGAAGCUUCCCAUCACGCGCGGCAGGUCCAGGACUCCGUCCCCGUUCGAGGUUCCAGAUCGUGCCGAGUCCCCUCGUGCCGAGUCCCCCGUCGAGAAGCUCAAACCAAAGAACAAGGCUCGCAACUUCGUUAUCGACGCAUUCCAGUACGCGAUUUUCGAAACCUUGAAGCCCCGCAUCACCUACUUGGUCUCCGAUACGACGAAUGAGGUCAAGAAGUCCGAACUUUGGAGCGGCGACCUGUUUGGUGUGAGCUGCAAAAAUUGCUUCGACGCCGAAAAGGAAUGCGAAUACACCAACGUAAAACCCUUGGAGUUCAGGGAUAACGGCCAGGUGGUGAUGCGCCUCGGUACAUGCAAGUGCUGCGGGUCACAGCGCCGCGCCUGCGACCCGCCGGUCUUCCAAGCGCCUCCGACGAAGAGUGCCAUUCAGAAGCGCAACUCUCGCGACAAGCCGGAGAACGGCGGCUCAGGCGAAGGCCUUGAGGAGGUCCCUGAGGGUGACAGCCCCCCCCGCUUCAAAGGCAGCACCACCCCGCUCGCCACGCCUAACCCCCGCUGCUCUGAUCACAAGGGGUGCUUCAAGAGGGAGUACAGCACAGUCCACAAGCGAAACCCUCCUCCUAGCCUCUUCAAUCCCAAGACGAUGGAGCAUGAGGCGUCAUUGCUUGUGGCGCCCCUCCCGAUGGCCGACGUCUCGUCCUGCACGUCGUCCAGCUCGUCAUCCAGUGCGUCGUCCAGCUCGUCAUCCAGUGCGUCGUCCUGCGCGUCGUCGUGCGCGUCGUCCUGCGCCUCGUCGCGCGCCGCGUCGCCUGAGCCUCAACCAUCGCCCAGUCUUCCCAUCAAAGACCUCGAUGCUGUUCACUUGUUGCUCACCCUCCGCAACCCGCGUGCGCCUCCUCGUGAGGUCACGCCCCCUCCUGCUUCGCCCACUGCGUCUGUCUCCUCCGUCUGCUCGUUCGAGUCCGACUGUUCCCCCCCGCAGUCGCCGGUGAUGCCACAGCUUUCGCUGCUCGGCUCUUCCCGUCCCGACGACUCCGAGCACUCCUACUGCUCCUCCGAGGGCUCGUCCUCCUCCGAGCUGGUGACUCCACCUCUUCAGCAGUCUCUCCGCCUUCCUCCGGACCUUCCCGUCCCCUGGCUGAGCCGCAAGGACAAGGCGCCUCUCCGCCCGACCUUCUCUCCCCCGCCUGUCCGCUCGACCUACACCCCGCCCACGGGUUUCCCCAUGCUGUCGAUCCCUAGCGACGCGGUGCCUCUCCCCGACAGCCUCCGAGCCUGCGCGCUCUUCCAUCCUUAA